GAUUGCAGAUGGCCCAAUCCCAUACAGCAGUUAUCAGACACAGGAUCAGCCUUAGGAAAGUUCCAGGAGGGCAUCACAAAGAAACACUGAGCUGACUAUUUAAAGACAAGCGAGGCUGAGCUGAAUUGGCCCUCCUGGGAAGGGAUGCGAAUUGUCACAGGUAUGCGAGCUGGAAGGAGUGAGCUGACUGACAUCUGAGGAUCCUAGGCUCAGAAACCCGUCGCCAUCACUCAACCUCUAGAAGCAUCUGGAAAACUACAAAAACUCCCGUGUUGCUUUUCGCUUAGGCGGAGGCAGGGAGCCCUGCUGGGCGCCAGCAAGGACCUAAACGCGGGGACCCAGGUCCUCCCCGCCUACAUUCUCCAUCCUCCAUUCAUUCAUACGUCCAUCAGCGGAGUACUGAGGACCAGCGCGAAGGGAAACGCCAGGGUGCGGGGUGUGCGGGAGCUGCGUCCCGCCCUCUCCCGGGAGAGGCUCCGGCGAGCCUUCUCCGGACUCCCGCCUCACACAGCGGCGCCCACCGCCUCAGUGAAGCCCCGGCGCGCAGUGUGCGCAGUUCCUGCCGCCGGGCCGCGAACCAGGGCCCGCAACGCGGCCCAGCCUUCUCCGCCCUCCUCGCCGUGACGAAUCGGCGCCCGGCUGGGACAGGAUCCAAAUUGGAAGACUUCUGAGAAAACCGAGGAGCCUGAAAAAAAUUUUUUUGGCGCACUAAGCCUUGUCGCGUGCUCACUGGAAGGGCUGUUCGUCUGAGGAGAGCCGGCCGCGGCCGGCCGAAAAUUCCCGGAGCGUGUGGAAAGUGCGAGCGCGGAAGCUCCGGCGCGAGGGGCGGGGCGAGCGCGGGACAAAGAGAAGCGAAGCCGGAGCUGCGGGCGCCUUCUAGGCCCGCGGUGUCUCAGAUUCAUUCUUAAGGAACUGAGAACUUAAUCUUCCAAAAUGUCAAAAAGACCAUCUUAUGCCCCACCUCCCACCCCAGCUCCUGCAACACAAAUGCCCAGCACACCAGGGUUUGUGGGAUACAAUCCAUACAGUCAUCUCGCCUACAACAACUACAGGCUGGGAGGGAACCCGGGCACCAACAGCCGGGUCACGGCGUCCUCUGGCAUUACGAUUCCAAAGCCUCCAAAGCCACCAGAUAAGCCGCUGAUGCCCUACAUGAGGUACAGCAGAAAGGUCUGGGACCAAGUAAAGGCUUCCAACCCUGACCUAAAGUUGUGGGAGAUUGGCAAGAUUAUUGGUGGCAUGUGGCGAGAUCUCACUGAUGAAGAGAAGCAAGAAUAUUUAAACGAAUACGAAGCAGAAAAGAUCGAGUACAAUGAGUCCAUGAAGGCCUAUCAUAAUUCCCCUGCGUACCUUGCGUAUAUUAAUGCAAAAAGUCGUGCGGAAGCUGCAUUAGAGGAAGAAAGUCGACAGAGACAGUCUCGCAUGGAGAAGGGGGAGCCUUACAUGAGCAUUCAGCCUGCAGAGGACCCAGAUGAUUAUGAUGAUGGCUUUUCAAUGAAGCAUACAGCCACUGCCCGUUUCCAGAGAAACCACCGCCUCAUCAGUGAGAUCCUCAGUGAGAGCGUGGUACCUGAUGUGCGGUCGGUUGUCACAACAGCCAGAAUGCAGGUCCUCAAGCGACAAGUCCAGUCUUUAAUGGUUCAUCAGCGGAAACUAGAAGCCGAGCUCCUUCAGAUAGAGGAACGACACCAGGAAAAGAAGAGGAAAUUCCUGGAAAGCACGGACUCCUUUAACAAUGAACUUAAAAGGUUAUGUGGUCUGAAGGUGGAAGUAGACAUGGAGAAGAUUGCAGCUGAGAUCGCACAGGCGGAGGAGCAGGCCCGCAAAAGGCAGGAGGAGAGAGAGAAGGAGGCCGCAGAGCAGGCUGAGCGCAGUCAGAACAGCAUCGCCCCUGAGGAAGAGCAAGCGGCCAGCAAAGCCGAGGAGAAGAAGGAUGAGGAGAACAUCCCGAUGGAGACAGAGGAGGCACACCUUGAAGACACAGCAGAGAGCCAGCAGAAUGGUGAAGAAGGCACGUCUACUCCUGAGGACAAGGAGAGUGGGCAGGAGGGGGUUGACAGCAUGGAGGUGGAAGGGACCAGUGACAGUAACACCGGCUCAGAGAGCAACAGCGCCACAGUGGAGGAGCCGCCCACAGACCCAGUGCCAGAAGACGAGAAGAAGAAGGAGUAACUGUUGCCUUGUUUUAUGUGACCUAAAACUUUUUUAAAUGAAAAAAAUGUAGGUUUUUUUGGUUUUAAUGGUG